GCCAAUCAUUUCAGCCUCCCCAAUCGCCUCCAUCUCUAUCUAUUCUCGUUCUCGACUCUGAACUUUUCCCCCUCUCUCUGCAACUGCAAACUACAAAAUCUACAAGAAUCAGAAGUUAAAAACCCAUAUCGGCAUAUCGUUUCAGAUUGUUCAAAAAAUCAAAACCCAUAUCUUUCAGUUUCAAUCGCCCGCUGUUCCAGUUCGGGUUCGCCGUUCGCAAGCUUCAGCCGCUGGCCCGCUGUCUCUCAACUCUCAAGCUUCCCCCUCUCUCUCCCUCUGCAACUGCUAACUUGUAUGUAUGGGUUUUGUUUUAAAUUUUUUUCUAAAUCAACUAAUCGAGGUCUGUAAUUCUUGUUUUGCAAACUAAAUCCUAUUUGGUGAAAUUUUUUAUGAUUUUUUAUAUAUAAUUUUUUUUUUUACAAUAUAAAGUAACAAAAUUUGCAUUGCAUUUUGAGGUAAUCACCGUAAUCUACAUUUUAUUUCAGCAAAACAAAUAUAUACAUUUUUUAUUUCUAUAACUUCUGUUUCUGUUUUUUUUUUUUUUUUUUUUUUGUCGUCAAUUAUGUCUAUAAGAAAAUUUCAAUCUGGGCAUGAAAAAGGAAAAAAAAAAGAAUCUGAAUUGGAAUAGAAAUCUGCAGAGAUUGAAUCUGAAACAAUUUUUUAUCAACAUGCCAAGCUUUUUGAAGAUGGAAAUCUUUUCAGAACUUAAAAAAACAAAUGUAUUAGGACUUCAGAGUUAACAGAGCUGAUGACUUAUCCCUGUCACUCUCUCUCCCACUCUUUCUUCACCCUUCUUCAGCAAUACACCCAACAGAGAAACCUUCAAAAAGGCCGAGCUUUACAUGCGCACAUAAUCAAAAUCCUCUCAUCUUCCUGCGUAUACACAGCGAACAGUCUCGUCAACUUCUACGCCAAGUGCGAACGCUUUGUCGAAGCCAAGCUUGUAUUCGAAGAAAUAGAGGACAAAGACGUGGUCUCAUGGAAUUGUCUCAUCAAUGCCUACUCUCAACAGGGUCUCAGAGGUUCGUCCUUCGUCAUGCAGCUCUUCCAGCGAAUGAGGGCAGAGAAUUCCUUCCCAAAUGCCCACACUUUUGCCGGCAUUUUCACCGCCGCAGCCACUUUGUCGCAGGCCUUUGGUGGACAGCAAGCUCACUCGCUCGCCAUUAAAACGGCGAGUUGCUCCGACGUCUUCGUGGGCAGCUCUCUGUUGAAUAUGUAUUGCAAAUGCAGCCUUUUGGGCGAUGCUCGCAAGGUGUUUGAUAGAAUGCCGCAGAGAAACUCGGUUUCUUGGGCCACAAUGAUUUCUGGGUAUGGGACGCAUCGGCUUGCUGGCGAAGCUAUGGAGCUUUUCAAGUUGAUGAUGCAUCAAGGAGAGGAGGGUUUGAAUGAGUUUGUGUUUACUAGUGUUCUUAGUGCCUUUGCGUUUCCCAAGUCCAUUAAAAAUGGUAAGCAAAUUCAUUGUAUGGCGCUUAAAAAUGGAUUGUUGUCAAUUUUAUCUGUUGGAAAUGCUAUUGUCACUAUGUAUGCAAAGUGCGGGAGCCUAGAAGAUGCGCUUUGCACAUUUGAGUUGUUAAGCAAUAAGGAUUCUAUUACAUGGUCUGCAAUGAUCACUGGCUAUGCACAAUGUGGAGAAUGUGAAAAGGCCUUGAAGCUGUUCUCAAACACGCAUUUUACUGGGAUGAGGCCGAGUGAGUUCACCCUUGUUGGGGUCCUUAAUGCUUGUAGUGAUAUUGGUGCUGCUGUAGAAGGAAAACAGGUGCAUGGUUAUUUAAUAAAGUCGGGUUUCGAAUAUCAAUUAUAUAUAAUGACAGCUCUGGUUGACAUGUAUGCUAAAUGUGGUGGCAUAGCUGAUGCUCGGAAGGGAUUUGAUUAUUUGCGAGAACCUGAUAUCGUUUUAUGGAGUUCUAUGAUUGGAGGGUAUGUACAAAACGGGGAAAAUGAAGAUGCUUUGAGUUUGUAUUGUAAAAUGCAAAUGGAGGGUAUCUUGCCCAAUGAGCUAACUCUGGCCAGUGUCCUAAAAGCAUGUUCGACCCUUGCUGCUUUGGAGCAUGGAAAGCAAAUCCAUGCCUGUACCAUUAAGCAUGGAUUUGGUCUUGAUGUGCCAAUCGGAAGUGCUCUGUUGACUAUGUAUGCGAAGUGUGGGAGCCUCGAAGAUGGCAAUCUAAUCUUUAGGAGGAUGCCUGCGAGGGAUGUUGUGUCAUGGAAUUCAAUGAUAUCCGGCCUCUCUCAAAAUGGAUGUGGUAGAGAAGCCCUUGAACUUUUUGAGGAGAUGCGAUUGGAGGGAACAAAGCCAGACUAUGUUACUUUUGUGAACAUUCUUGUUGCUUGUAGCCACAUGGGUUUGGUAGAGAGAGGUUGGGUCUAUUUUAAAAUGAUGUCUGCUGAGUUUGGUAUAGUCCCAAGAGUGGAGCACUAUGCUUGCAUGGUUGAUAUCCUAAGCCGUGCUGGGGAGCUUAAUGAAGCUAAAGAGUUUAUUGAAGCAGCAACUAUUGAGCAUGACACAUGUUUGUGGCGAAUUUUAUUAAGUGCAUGUCGGAAUUAUCGUCACUAUGAUCUGGGAGCCUAUGCAGGAGAAAAGCUAAUGGAGUUGGGCUCACAAGAAUCAUCUGCGUAUGUCUUGUUAUCGAGUAUCUAUACUGCGUUGGGCAGGAAGGAAGAUGUAGAACGGGUCAGAAGGUUGAUGAACCUUCGAGGGGUGAGUAAGGAGCCUGGGUGCAGCUGGAUUGAGCUGAAGAGUCAGGUUCAUGUUUUCGUUGUUGGGGACCAGAUGCAUCCACAAAUUAAAGAAAUACGUGAAAACAUACAAAAAUUAUACAAAUUAAUGAAGGAUGAAGGAUACCAGCCUGCUUCUGAUUCAUUUUCUGUUGGUUCUCAAAGAUGAGGUGAUGAAGAAAUUAUAACAAGGAGCAUGCACUGUUCAUAUUCUAUUUGAUCCUUAGAGGCCCAACAAUGAAGGUGAGUCUUGUUAUAAUAACCCUACAUUUGCUGUUUGGCCUGUUUCUCUUAUCUCUUUGGUAUCGAUGGGAUUUAAGGAUGAAGGUUUCCAACCUAUUUCUGAUUCAUUUAAGCAAGUUUCCUGAGUUUGAUCAUUGGAGGACUCAACAAUUAAGGUGUGACAUUUGUCAUAAUAACCUUAUAUAUUCUGUUGCUCCUAAAUUUUUGCAUCUUAUAGAAUUUAUGUCCAAGUAAAGUAGAUAUCCAUUUCUGAAGUCUUACUUCACUGGAUGCCAAUAUUUCAACUUGCAUUCGUAUGUCCAUUACAUGGAAAUAAGAUAGACCCGACUUUAUGUAUUUUCCUUUUGUUGCACUAAGUGGCUGAUCUCAGGUUUGAACCUGCAUUCUUAUAUUUGUCACUUGUCAGUAUGAGUUCUUAGUACCAUUGCCAAUCUUAAGAAUCAGCAUAUCAUAUUUCAUUCUUCUUAUACCCUCCGUUCUUCUUAUACUUUCACUCAUAUGAACUUAAUGAUCUCAAUCACUCAAUGAAGUUGUGAUUCUUGUACAAAAUUCAUUAGGGCAUGGAACAUAUUGCUUAUUGGUUUGCCUGUAUAUAGAAUUUUACUGGUUCUUAGUACCAUUGCCAAUCUUAAGUAUCAGCUGAUCAUAUUUCAUUCUUCUUAUACUUUUUACUCGCAUGAACUUGAUGAUCUCAAUUACUCAACAAAGUUAGAUUCUUAUACAAAAUGCACUAGGGCAUCGAACAUAUUGCUUAUUGGCUUGCCUGUAUAUAGAAUUCCACUUGCAUCUGUAUGGUAUCUUAAGAUUUCCCCUCAAAACUCAUUUUUCCUGAGUGUUUUGGUUGUAUCUUAAGAUUGCCUGUUUGUGGAAACCAUAUGCUUUCUGAAAGUGUUAGUGUUUUUCUACACUAAUAAUGUGCUCCAUUGGCUACUUACUUUAGGUUGAAUAGAAUUAUGCUAACGCAACAAAAACAUUUAGCAGGCUUGAAUUAUUACAGCAAUUGUGCAGGUACUUCAGAGCUCUAAGUAAAAGGUUUAUGCUCUACAUGAUUGGCUUUUGGCUAUGAAGGUGCUGUCACUACAACAGAAUGCAGCUGUUGGGACGCCACCCUUUUCCAACGCCCAGAUAUUAGUUGGAAAAACCCCUCUUUUAGUGACUCCAAUUUGUAGGCGUCGGAAAUAAGGGGGGUCAAUUCCGUCGCCCACUGGUGGGGGUCGGAAAUACAUCUUUCCCUCCCUUUUUUUCACCUCUCCGCCUUUCUUUUUUGGGCAGAAACGAUAGCGUUUAGGUUGAAUUGAUUUUUUAUGAUGCUAAGGGGCGUUGCAAAAAUCUAAACGACAGCAUUUGGGUUAAAUUGGUUAUAUUAUUAUUUUUAUUAUUUAAUUUUUUUCCAGACAGCGUUUGGGUUAAAUUGGGUUAAACGACAGCGUUUGUCCACUGUCUUGUUGGGGUCGCCAAAGACAUUUCCCCAAAUUAAACAUACUCCAGUAGAGCUCACGUUUUGUUCAUCAACGGUCAAGCAUUUCAUCGUUU